CUAUUGGAUGCUAAAUGUCAUCGGCAUUGACACAUAUUAAAAAGCCACUGUUUAGACUUCAGCGUUAUUCAGAGGACGUGUUGAUCAGAAGAUGUUUGAUUGCUGUCUAAAGAUGAGGUUUACUUUACUAAGAAUCCUGCCUACUUUACUAGGCAUUCUAAUCCUACACCAGGCACAAAGCCAACGCCCCAAGUUCACUCAGAGCAGCUGGAAUCUUCUACCCAACGUUGUUGUGGUGAACGUAGACGGCUCACUGGUUCAGCAUCCUCUAACCUGCCUGGGUUCCUUCAACCGAGAGGAGGAGGGUUGGAGGAGAGACAAUGACUGGGUGUGGCGGAGAGAUGGAGAGGAGGAUGAGGAGAUCAUAUGGAUGAUGGAUGAAGAGGAGAAGAAGAAGGGGAACAGCUUCCUUGUCAACCUGGAAGAGAGAACUGGAGGGGGGAUAUUUACAUGUCACAGCCUGGAUAAAACCCUCCUGAAGAAUACUACGGUGCUGGUCAAACACUUGGACGAAGAGAAACGCAUUCUAGAAGGAUCCACCAGAACAGGCUUUAUGAAAUGUUCAACACGGAACUACCAAGGAGAGUUCCACUGCUCCUGGAAAUUCACCCCUACACGUUUUGGGACUGUUAUGUUUGUCAAAGUGGCACGUGGCCUGUCUGAUGCGGAGAACAUCAGCUGUUCUGUGGACGCCAGUGGACAGCAGUGGACAUGUUCCUCUUCAUCUGGCCAGAGUGACAUCAUGUGUUCUGUGAACAGUAGUGGACUGGGGGUGUCCUGUGUGGACAGACAGUAUUGUCCCUAUGCUGAGGAGACUGACCGGAUCACCCUGACCAUCUACAUGAGGACUAACUACCUGCUGGAGGAAUACUCCAAAUGCUUCUACAUAUCAGAGAUAGUGAAGCCAGACAAUUUAUCCAUUAAGAAGGUGAACAGCAGUACUAUAGAGUGGAGCUAUCCUGUCUCCUGGAACAGACCCAUCUCCUACUUCCCCCUCUCCUUCCAGGUCAAAGAGAUCGAAGGCAGAAAGUGCAAGAAUGGGUGCACGUGUGAUUCUCCCUACACAGAGGUUCACACCACAGAGAGCAGCCAGUGGUCAGUCAAGGCCAAGGUGACGGUGUGUGUCAGGGCCCAGGAUGCCCUCUGUGACUCCCCCUGGAGCGACUGGACAGAGUACAGACUCAACAACAAGGGAAACAAGAGGGGGAGGCGGGAAAAGCAGAAGAAGAAGAAGAACGUGUCUCAAUAGUAUAUCUUUACCAUACCAUCAAAUGGUAUGCCAUCAAAUAUUAACCUAUUCAUUCACUCUAGGUGUAGGCAUUUACACUCUAAAACAUCCACUAUGACAAAGGUGACUUAAUUGACACUCUAAAACAUCCACUAUGACAAAGAUGACUUAUUUGAUACUCCAUUAUGACAAAGGUGACUUAAUUUACACUCUAAAACAUCCAUUAUGACAAAGGUGACUUAAUUUACACUCUAAAACAUCCAUUAUGACAAAGGUGACUUCAUUUACACUCUAAAACAUCCAUUAUGACAAAGGUGACUUCAUUUACACUCUAAAACAUCCAUUAUGACAAAGGUGACUUAAUUGACACUCUAAAACAUCCACUAUGACAAAGGUGACUUAAUUGAUACUCUAAAACAUCCAUUAUGACAAAGGUGACUUAAUUUACACUCUAAAACAUCCAUUAUGACAAAGGUGACUUCAUUUACACUCUAAAACAUCCACUAUGACAAAGGUGACUUCAUUUACACUCUAAAACAUCCACUAUGACAAAGGUGACUUAAUUGACACUCUAAAACAUCCACUAUGACAAAGGUGACUUAAUUGACACUCUAAAACAUCCAUUAUGACAAAGGGGACUUAAUUGACACUCUAAAACAUCCACUAUGACAAAGGUGACUUCAUUUACACUCUAAAACAUCCAUUAUGACGAAGGUGACUUAAUUGACACUCUAAAACAUCCACUAUGACAAAGGUGACUUAAUUGACACUCUAAAACAUCCAUUAUGACAAAGGUGACUUAAUUGACACUCUAAAACAUCCACUAUGACAAAAGUGACUUAAUUGACACUCUAAAACAUCCACUAUGACAAAGGUGACUUAAUUGAUACUCUAAAACAUCCACUAUGACAAAGGUGACUUAAUUGACACUCUAAAACAUCCACUAUGACAAAAGUGACUUAAUUGAUACUCUAAAACAUCCAUUAUGACAAAGGUGACUUAAUUGACACUCUAAAACAUCCACUAUGACAAAGGUGACUUCAUUGACACUCUAAAACAUCCACUAUGACAAAGAUGACUUAAUUGAUACUCUAAAACAUCCACUAUGACAAAGGUGAUUUAAUUGAUACUCUAAAACAUCCAUUAUGACAAAGGUGACUUAAUUGACACUCUAAAACAUCCACUAUGACAAAGGUGACUUAAUUGACACUCUAAAACAUCCAUUAUGACAAAGGUGACUUCAUUUACACUCUAAAACAUCCAUUAUGACAAAGGUGACUUUGUUGCCAAGAUCAUUUACUGACACAAAUUUCACUUUUACAAUCUUUAUACUUGUUAUGAAAUGUAUUUAGUAAUAUUUAUGAUUAUUUAUUUAUUAAUGUUGCUUUUUAUCUCAUAGAGACAUGCACUAACAUAAACUGAAAUGAUAUUUUUGUGACUGUAAUACUAUAAAUCAAAAUAAACGUACAGACCUGCA